UGUAACGUUUUGAGCGAGCACAACAAGCGGACUAAAGCCGGGGUGGAUUCUACCUGCUCCUUGUUCGCACGAUAGACGAUCUUUGGUCAACAAAGAUGGCGUCGAGCAAUGGCCUCGCUUCUCUGGGUGCUGACGGAGCUGUGGCCCCUGCGCAUGCGCUGUCUCUCUCUGCCGAUGCCUACGAGAAUGACGGCCAGCUGGAGUUGAUGUGGGCCAUGAAGGCCUACAACCACGCCGAGGUCUACUUCAACCUAAUUUCUUCGGUCGACCCGAAGUUCCUGAAGCUGACAAAGAUGGACGACGAGAUCUACGCGUCCUUCAAGGAAGCGUUUGGGUGGAAAUUCCGUAGAAAUUUGGGAGAAUGGUUGCCCCGGGAGAUUAUCGGGAGGGGCACUGAAAUUCAGGAGUCUCCUGGGAAAAUGGGGAGGGUUGGCAAGUAUGGGGAGACGUCACGUGGCACGGGAGUCCAAGUCCUGUUCUGCUUUCAGCUCAUUUCUUCGGUCGACCUGAAGUUAACAAAGAUAGAUGACGAUUCUACGCGUCUUUCAAGGAAACGUUUGGGUGGAAAUCUGGAGAAAUUCGGUAGAAUGGUUGCCCCGGGAGAUUAUCGGGAUGGACACUGAUAUUCAGGAGUCUCCCGGGAAAAUGGGGAGGGUUGGCAAGCAUGGGGAGACGCCACGUGGCACAGGAGUUCAAGUCCUGUUCUGCUUUCAGCUCAUUUCUUCGGUCGACCCGAAGUUCCUGAAGCUGACAAAGAUAGACGAGAUCUACGCGUCCUUCAAGGAAGCGUUUGGGUGGAAAUUCGGUAGAAAUUUGGGAGAAUGGUUGCCGGGAGAUUACCGG